AUGGCGGCAGCAGCGGCGCCACUUGGGUUCUCGCCCUCCCCAUCAUGGCGGCAGGCGGCGGCCGCGGUCACGUGCGCUCUCGCCGCCAAUCCGGCUCUCGCCAAACGUGGCGGCAGCGGGCCCAAGGACAUCACCCCGCACGAGAUGGAGCAGACCAUCCGCUUCCGCAAGAAAGUGGAGAAGGACGAGCACUACAUCAACACCAUCACGCACCUCGGCACCCUCAUGGAGCACUGCAUCAAGCAGAACAACGCCAUCAACAUCUACGAGGACUACUUUGGAGAGGAGGAGAUGGCCGAGGUGGACGACGAGCCGCCCUCCGCCAAAACCAUCAAUGUCAUCAGGGACCCAAAUGUCACCAAGAGGACAGCCACGCAUCUCUCCUGGCACCCUGAUGGAUGCAAGAAACUGGCAGUAGCUUAUUCCAGCCUGGAGUUCCAGCAAAACGUGAAGGACAUGAGCUUUGACUCGUACAUCUGGGAUCUCGAAAACUCCAACAAGCCGGAGCUGGUUCUCAAGCCGUCCUCGCCUCUCGUGAGCCUGGAAUACAACCCCAAAGACUCGCACAUCCUGGCAGGCGGCUGCUACAACGGGCAGAUUGGUUACGGGGACGCGCGCAAGGGGGGGCUGCCUGUGGAGGUCUCCACCGUGGAGUUCAGCCACAGGGAGCCCGUGUAUGGAACCAUCUGGCUGCAGUCCAAAACCGGCACCGAGUGCUUCUCGGCCUCCACCGACGGGCAGGUGCUGUGGUGGGACAUCCGCAAGCUGUCCGAGCCCACCGAGACGCUCGUCCUGGACAUCACCCGCAAGGGGCUCCUGGAGAACGCCCUGGGUGCCAUCUCGCUGGAGUUCGAGCCGACCAUGCCCACCAAGUUCAUGGUGGGCACGGAGCAGGGCAUCGUCAUCACCUGCAACCGCAAGGCCAAGACACCCCCCGAAAAGAUCUCCGGCACCUACAGCGGCCACCACGGGCCUGUGUACGCGCUGUCCAGGAACCCCUUCUACCCCAAGUUCUUCCUGACGGUCGGGGACUGGACCGCUCGGAUCUGGUCAGAGGAGAGCAAAGAAUCAUCAAUUAUGUGGACCAAGUACCACCUCUCCUACCUCACCGACGGCUGCUGGAGCACCGUGAGGCCGGCCGUCUUCUUCACCACCAAGCUGGACGGGACGCUGGACAUCUGGGACUUCCUCUUCAAGCAGAACGACCCUUCCCUCAGCCUGAAGGUUGGCUCCCGCGCGGCCCCCAUCCCUCGCAGCCCCCGUUCGCAGCCGUUUCUUGCUGCACCGGGGCCGAGCGCCCGCGUCCGCCCGUCCUCCCUCCGCAGAUCUGAGAUCUCCCCAGGGCUCUGCACCCUGCAGCGGAACGAGAAGACCCUGGCCACGGCCAUGUUCGAGCGGGAGACGAAGCGGGAGAAGAUCUUGGAGGCCCGGCACCGCGAGAUGCGCCUCAAGGAGCGCGUGCGCUCGGAGGCGCGGAUCGAGGAGGGCAAGGAGGAGGCGCCCGAGGAGAGUCUCCCCGAGCUGCUCGAGCGCGUGCGCAGCGAGUUCCUCGAGGCCAUCGAGGCGGAGCUGCGCAGGAGGGCGCGGGACGAGGAGGCUUCCGAGCCGCGUUUCCUCUCCCGUCGCAGCAGCGUGGAGCAGAGGGUGGGAAGGCCGCGUCCCUUCUCCUGCCCUUCUCCCGAGGGCUGGAGGUAG